CGCGAGAGACUGGCUGGUAUACAAGAGUGUCCAAACCACGCCGACCAGAUUCACGAUCAGUCUUUCAAGAGAAUGUUUAUCGUCGUUCUGUUUCUUAGCUUAGCUGUCUUGUCAAGUGCAGGUCCUGUCAACCAACCAGAACCAUGCGAGACUCCAUUGCAAUGGGAAGGUACAGCUUGGCAUGAUAACGAGGAAGACGGGGUCAUGAUCGUAAGCGAGCUGUCUUACGAUGCAAAAGACGACCGUAUUCGAACUCUUAGUCAUAUUCUCAACGGACCGGAGUCGGGAAAAUCGUUUGAGAUGAUUCUUCUGUACAGCGAAGAGCGCUUCUACUUCAUUCCUCAAGAAGGGAAAGAGCACUGCGCGGUAUCGAACAGAUUUCGGAGUUACAUACCGGCUGGAGUGCCAUUGGACGCUAACUUCGUAUAUCACACUGUCAGAGGUCUGGGCAAAAACUCUGUGACUACCAACACGUUCGCCCUUGCUUACGAAGUUGGAGCUGCAAAAAAUCAAGAAGAGUUGCUUCGUCGCGAUCAUCAACAUUUUGGCCACACUCAUACAUGGUACGGCUCGUUUACUCCCACAGCAUGUAUUCCUGUUCUGGAGACCAUCUAUGAAGGUGAUACGCUGGACGAGGACGCCCUUCUUGAACGCACGGAGACACUUCAUAGUAUCCGUUUUUCUGACAUGAGCCUGGGGAUUAAAGACCCCAAAGUGUUUGAACCACCGUCCUAUUGCAAAGACCUUGGCAACGCAACUCUAUCGUCGGUGAUACAGAAGAACUUGCAUUGGCAUAGGUUUGCGUAUCUGUAAGGGCCAGGCGAUGAAAUGCUGCUUGUGGAGACUGAUUGCAAACGUUGAAAUGUGCGUUUGAUUGAUAGCUCUUUUGUGAUUGCGUAGUGUGUUUGUUAGACUCUCAGAGUAUGUUUGAAGUGUUUGUCGUAGUCCAUUUUGAAAAAAUUGUGGAUUGUCUGAGUUUUGCAAUUGAAAUUUAAAAUAUGUA